AUGAGCGAUCAGCUGGCGGCCUUUGAAGAGGACCGGAAGCAGUAUCAGGAGCAGCUCGACAUAGUCUACGCCUCCCUGAAAGAUGACCCCGGAAACGCAGAGCUGCUCGGCCUCAAGGCCGAGCUCGACGACAUGGUCAAGCUGAUCGACGAGUCCAUCGCGGAGCUGAAGCCGAAGCAGGCAGCGCCGAAGCCGGCACCCGCCAAGAAAGCCGCGCCGCCGCCGCCGCCGGUCGAGGAGAAGUGGUCGCGCGAGAACCAUCCGGCGUUCAAGAAGGCGGCGCAGGAGGAGCGCGAGCGCGAGCUGCGGGAGGCCGAGGCCAACGCGCCCGUCUCGUACCAGGUCAACGACACCGUCCUCGCCAAGUGGGUGUCGGGCGACAAGGGCUUCUACCCGGGCCGCAUCACCUCCGUGACGGGCUCGUCGACCGCGCCCAUCUACACCGUCAAGUUCAAGAGCUACGACACCGUCGAGACGCUGCGCGCAAAGGACAUCCGCCCCGUGUCGAACAAGCGCAAGGCCGAUGGCAGCAGCACGGCGGCGAGCGGCGGCGGAUCGUACGGAUCCACGAGCAACACCGGGUCUUCCCAGGCGACGCCAGUCAUACAGUCGCCCAGCGGCGGCACCCCGACAAACGGUAUCGUCUUGCAGGCACAGCCGAGUGUGUAUCCGCACGCGGAGCAGGCGAAGGCUGCGGAUGGCAAGGAGGACGCGCCCGUGAAGAAGUUCAAGAAGAUCAAGGCCAAUAAGGAGCUCGAGGCCGGCAAGAACAAGUGGCAGGAGUUCAGCACCAAGGGCAAGUUUGGCAAGACGGCGAAGAAGGACAGCAUGUUCCGCACGCCUGAGGGCGCUCACGGAAGAGUUGGAUUCACAGGAUCUGGUCAACCUAUGCGCAAGGAUCCCACCAGGAGUCGUCACAUCUACCAGCAGAACGAGGAAUACGACUGA